AUGGCGUUGAUGCUGGCACCUUACAAUGAGGCCAUGCGGCUAGGUAUGGGAUUCAAUAGCUAUACGCAGCAGCUUUGCUGUAAUGACGUUGUCAGAUUACCCAGUGGACGACCUGCUACCGAGAGUGAUCUGAAAGACACCAAGCAGAAUCCUCCCGCCCAAAAGUCUCUUCCAGGUUCUGGAGCGGAAUCUGGUAUUCUGUCGACCCAGAAAGGCACAGAUUCUAUUGUUCAAAAGAAGAUUGGUGUUGGCAAUGAUAACCAAAAUGUCGUCAGCCAGGUUGUAGACUGGCAUGCAAGCUUUGUGGAUUCUGUGAGCGAAGUCACCAAGAAAUUGGACAUCAGCGGAGCACUGUCUGUCAACGUGGACGCGAUUGGUAGCGUGAAGGUCGCGGGACACUAUGUUGACGAUAAAGCCUUGAAACAGUCGGAUGCUACAUACGACAUCACAGUCAAUGUAACAAACCAACGUCUCGAGGCUCCGCAAGUCACGCAGUUUACUCCUAUCGCCAAUAUCGACCAGAGCCGCUUUCAAGAGGUAUACGGGGACUGCUUCAUAUCAGGAUUCCUAGAAGGUGGUAUAUUUCAUGCACUGGUUGCGUGUGAGAGAACUGACGAUAAAGCCUUGCUGGAUGCCGGAGGCGAGAUAUCAGCUGGAGCCAAGAUUUCAGGUCUAGAUAUCAAAGGUAAAAUCAAGGCUAAUUUCAAAACCGGCACAGAGAAACAGAAUUACACAACAACAAUCACAGUGAACUGGUCAGGAGGUGGCGAUAUUAAACCAGAUAGUAUCAACGAGUGGGACAUUAAGAGCCUGACCAGAGUCGCUAUGGACUUUCCAGACAAGGUUGCCGCGUGUAUGUGA